AUGGCCGAUACCAAGUUCAAGUUGAACACUGGCGCUGAGAUUCCUGCACUUGGCCUGGGCACGUGGCAAUCCCCAAAAGGAGAGGUGCAGAAAGCUGUGGCACACGCAAUCAAGUCAGGAUACCGGCAUAUCGACUGUGCGUAUGCUUAUGGCAACGAAGAUGAGGUUGGAGCAGGCAUCAAGGAGGGGCUGAAAGCUGCUGGAAUUAGCAGGAGCGAUCUGUUCGUCACUACCAAGCUAUGGUGCACAUAUCACACCCGAGUCGAGCAAAAUCUGGACUCGAGUCUGAAGGCACUCGAUCUGGACUAUGUUGAUUUGUACUUGAUGCACUGGCCGGUCGCGAUGAAUCCCAAUGGCAACGACGAGAAAUUCCCGAAGUUGCCUGAUGGUAGUCGAGAUUUAGUGCUGGAAAGGAAACACUGGGACACCUACAAGGACAUGGAGAAGCUCUUGUCAACCGGGAAAGUGAAGGCCAUAGGCGUGUCAAACUACUCGGUGAAGUUUUUGAAGGAUCUACUGGCUCGAGUCGAGACUGUGCCCGCAGCAAACCAAGUCGAGAACCAUCCUUUGUGCAGCCCAUUGAUGCAGGAUGAGCAUGUGACGAAGCUGGCGAAGGAGAAGGGUGUCUCGCCCGGUUGUAUUCUACUGAGCUACCACGUUGCAAGAGGAAUUGCACCCCUACCCAAGUCUGUGACACCUUCCAGGAUCGACGAGAAUCGGCAGAUUGUCAAGUUGUCACCCGAGGAUGUACAAACGCUGAGCGACCUGUCCAAGAACGGUGUGCACCGCUUCGUAUACCCUGCAUUUGGAGUCGACUUUGGCUUUCCCGACAAGCAAUAA